AUGGCUAAUCAAUUUAUUGAAUAUACAUCAUUAGAAUUUUUGUAAUUGCAUUCUUACCUUUUAAAUACAAAUAACAACACCCUAGAAUUGGAGAAAACUGUAAUAUUUCAUUGAGUAUUUAAGUUCAAGGAAAUAGAAAAAGCUUGCAAUGCAUUUUCGGCAUCUUUGAAAAAAAUUGCGGAACGACUCCACGAAUUUGUUAGUAAAGGCACAGGAGAUGAUGAUAAUAUUGAAUGUGUUUACUAGUAUUUGAGCAACUUUUUACUUUAAAAUUCAUAAUAGUGGCAAUAAACAAGUGAAAAUUUGAAAAGCGAAGUAUAUUUUUAUUAUAUUCAUGCUUAGGUUCUCGAACCAUAUCAAUUAAUUAUGAGCAAUUAUAGAAAUAUAAAUCUGAAAUUAUCUUCUGAGAUGAAAGAUUAUAUUGGAAAUAUUUAAUCACUAAAUAAGCAAAUCACAGAUUAGCAAGAGGAAUAUAUACGUUUAAUGCAAAAUGCUGAUAAGUGUUAGUUACUUAUGGAAAGAACUGUUGGAGAAAUUGCAAAAGGAAAUAAAGGCAAGGACGAAUUAGUAAAAGCUUCAGAAAAGCAAAUCAAAUUAAAAGAAAUUGCAGUAGAAGCUUAAGAGGAUUAUAAAAAAAUCAUAGAGAAGGGAAAUAAGAAAAUAAAUGAUUUUGAAGUGAAGAUUAAAGAUUGGUAUUAGUAAGUUUAUUUAAAUGAUGAAAACAGGUAAAAAUUAUACUUAUCAUUAGAAUCAAGUUUUCUAAACAAAUUAUGUUGUCAUUAAUGAAAAAGUUAACUAAUGAAACUGUCUACUCUAUUUACCAAGAAAAACUAAACUAAUUAGAAUAAAGAGUCACUUAAAAAUAACCCUAAGAUCUCCAACAUUAAAUCUAAAGAUUGCUAAAAAAAAGUGGAAGUAAUUCUUAUACUUAUUGAAAGCUGAUUCGGUUUAAUUUUCACUAUAUGAUUAAAUUAAUUAUGAUUAAAUUAAAAGAGGAGAGUGGAAAAAAUAACAGUAAUUUUUAGGAAGUGAAUGGACUAUGGUUGGGGAAUAAUUGAAUGAAGAACAAGCUACAAAAAUUAUUUAAUUCAUAAAUGAUCUUAUGGAAAACCAAGAAACAUCAGAUGACAGCGCCAAUAACUCAAGAAAUAGGUCAUAUUCCACAUCUUCAACAAAAUCAAAUUAAUUUUUAUCACAUGAAUAUUUGGGAGUUAAGUAAUUGAUGACUAAAUAAUCAGCCAGAUCAUUCUUGAUUAAUUUAUUAUAAAAAGAAAUUGAAAAGAGAAAAGUCAAAUAAUUAAAUUUGUUGGAAGAUUCUUUUAAUGAAGUUAGUUCUAUUUUUAAACAUGUAUUCUUAAUUUUGGAUGCUGAAUUUGAUGUUGAAGAGUUCUAUAUCUUUUUAUAAUUAUCAUUUAAAAUUGUAAAAGGAGAAAACUCUCAUCUGAUCUCGAGCUUCUCUAAGUUAGAUAUUUGGUAAAAUAAAUAGAAAUGGAGAUCUUUAUAUGAACAUAUUAAAUCUACUAAAUUUUAAUAAAAAUAAAUCUUAGAAGAUUAAUUUAAUUUAGUCAAAAAAGGAUAUGGGUUGAUUAGUAAAGGAUUGAAGAAAAUAACUGGAGCUGUACAAGGAUAAUAAUUUUCAGAAAAAGAAAAAUAUUAAUAACAAAAAUACAUAGUUUUACAUGAGAUUGCCACUUUCCUUAGUGAAUUAAAUGUCUCACCUUAAUUAGGAACAGAUGUGAUAUUAGAACUUGCAUUUCAUUCUGAUAUUAAAUUGGAAAAGGUGCAAUUAGAAAAAAUAUUACAGAUCAUGGAAGAAAAAAAUGCUCUAACUUUUAACUCAAAGUAUUCUUCAGGAUUGGGAAUGAAAUAACGAAAAGAAGAUAAGUUUAGAAGAUUUGGUUUAAAUAAUGCUUAAUCAAGAGUAAUAUAUGCGAUUAGAUUAUCUAUUCAAUACUUGUAACCUAAAGAUAGGCCAUAUUAAUUAUUAUUAGUUUCAAAAUCUUUCAAAUUUCACUUGAGAUUUGCUAUUGAAAAAUAUUACCUCAUUCACAAUAGUUUACCAUAUUUAGAACAAAAUCAAUAGUCCAGAGCUUAAAACUUGAAAGUUUAUCUAAGAACUGCUCAAAAUCACAUGGAUUACGCACUUAAAAAGUCAGAAGCUUAAUAAGAGAUAUAAUAAUACGAAGAAAUUAUCACCAUGGACGUAUAAAGAUCUUUUCAAAUUCAUUUCGAUAAGGUUCCUUCAAGUAAACUACAAUCGUUUCUCAGAACGUAUGCUUUUCAUAACAAAGAGGUUGGAUAUUGUUAAGGAAUGAAUUAUAUUGUAGGAUAUUUGUAUUUGACAUUUGAAGAUGAGGAAGUAACAUAUAUAGCAUUCGAUUAUAUUAUGAAUAACUACUUUUCUUAAUAUUUUGAAAAUGAAUUUGAGAUGCUGGUAUGUAUAUUAUAUAUAUUAUUUCUAUUAGAAAAAAGUAUUCUACUAAUAUGAGAGAUUGCUGUUCUUGUUUUUACCUAAUUUGUAUCAUCAUUUUAAAAAAGUAAAUGUCAUUAAUUAUCAAAGUAAAAAGUCGAUGCAUCUUAUUAUUUAACUGCAUGGGUAAUUACUGUUUUUAGUCAAGUAUAUCAGUUUACAUUACAAUCAGCAUUACUAAAUAUUAUAUGGGACGUAUUCAUCAUUUAUCAAUGGAAAGGUAAUGAAUCAAUCUUAUUCAAGGAUUUUACAAAUGCGUCUUAUUUUUGUUGUAUUUUUAUUAAAAAGAACUACUAUAAUUAGAAUUUGAUCAGAUUCUCCAUUUUUUGAGUGAGAUCAUAAAAAAUGAAUUGUUUAGUCUUAAAACCGAGUAAUAAGUUUAAGAAUAUAUCUGCACUAAAAUAAAGGUUCCCUCAAAACCUCUAAAAGGAAUAAUCAUAAAUUAAUUUAAUGUUACAAAUAGUUUAUUGUAAUAAUUGGAAUAGGAAUUCAAUUGCUUUUCAACAAACUUAGAUUCAUAAUUAAAAUAAUUUAAAAAUAAAUGA